AAGCAAUUCAUUCAUUCGUGUUCAUUGUAAUCUCUCAUCAUCAUCUUCAGUUUUGUUCUGUCUCAAUCAUUAAGAAACCUCACUGAAACCAGUUCCCUUGUUUUCUUGUUUACCCACAAAUCUUCUUUAUUUCACCUAAUUUCCUUACUUUAUUUUCUUUACUAAAAUCUUCUUCAGUUUUCGUUUGCUUUACUUCUGUUUUUCAAACUUGAAAAAAAGUUCAAAAAAAAAAAAAUGGUUGAUGUUGCCGGGAGUAUCGGGAGUGUGUUGAGUCCUGUCCUUGAAGUAGGCAAGUGGUCGGCUGCUCCGAUUUGGCGUCAAUUCAAGUAUUUGUACAACUACAAUACCAAUUUCAAAAAUCUGGAAAAACAAGUCGAUCAGUUGAAAAAUAUGAGAGACGAAGUUCAGCUUAAGGUUACUGCUGCUGAAAGAAAUGUGGAAGUCAUCAAACAGAAUGUUAAGGACUGGCAAAAGGAUGUGGAGAAGACAAUUACAGAAGCAGAACAGUUGAUUCAAGGGAAAGCAAACAACCCUCAAUGUUUCAAGGGAUUGUGGUCCAACUACAAACAAAGCAAGAAAGCUUUCAAAUUAAAGCGGGAGGAUAUUGAUCCACUCCUCCAGAAAGAAAAGGAGUUCGAUCAAGUUUCCUUUCCUACUAUUCCACAAGAUAUCUGGCUUAGAUCUAAUGAAGAUUAUUUGGCAUUCGAAUCAAGAACCUCUAUGUUGAAGAAUGUAUGGGAUGCAUUAAAUGAUGAGAAUGUGUACAUGAUUGGUGUUUACGGGAUGGGUGGCAUUGGGAAGACCACUCUUGUGCAGAAAGUUGGUGGCGAAGCGAAGGAUAAACUAUUUGAGGACACUGUUUUUGUCGAGGUAACACAAAAUUUCGAUAUAAAAAAAGUUCAAACAGAACUUGCAGACAAGUUAGGUGUAAAAUUCAGUAAUGAGACCGAAAGAGCAGAUAAGUUAUAUGAGAGAUUGAGGAGUAGUACGAAAAUCGUUCUAAUUUUAGACAAUAUUUGGGAAGAUAUUGAUCUCAAGACUAUCGGUAUUCCUUCUAAAACGGAUCGUGAAGGAUGUAAACUACUGAUCACAACAAGAAACUUAGAUGUAUUGGAGAAGAUGGGUUCCACAAAUAAUUUCCAGAUGGGCGUUUUAGAAGAAGAAGAAGCUUGGAACCUAUUCUGGAAGAUGGCUGGUAAUCUUGUUAUAGAAUUUUCAAUCGUAUGUUUUCUUGGUUUGCCCAAUUUUUAUAACGUCCAGAUUUAUUAAUUUUUAUAGCCUUAUAGAAUUUUCACAAUUUUAAUUGUUUAACAUAUAAAUUUUAAGUUUACCGGUAUCUCCUAUUGUUGACUUAGUAAUUUGUG